AUGUCAUCCAACCAAGCUAACCAGUCAACGGAACACCAAACAGCUGAAGACGGUGAGCUUGGCGACAACCAAAGGAAAUCAUCAGCAGCCAACACCGCAGAAGUCAAAAGCAAAGCAUUGGUGGCGAAACCCAGUGACAUCGUCUGCGGACGCGGCUUCCACAUAUCCAACCACCGUGGUAACCUUGAUCUUCACCUUAUUAUCAACGAGUACCGAGAUGAGUAUUUAGCAUCACGACGACCGGAAAAGACAAAGAUCAUCAAGCUUGUCCUUAAAAAAGUCAAAAGUGCAGGAUCCAGGUUCAUCAGGUGUGUCUCGGAUCGGGGCGAUGUCGAUAGAUGGGAAGAAGUUGACUAUGCGACAGCAUACAAGAAAGUAAGCCAUGCACUGCGCCUCAGAACAAAGAACGAGACCAAUCGAGACAGUGGAUAUAUGGGCGAGGCAGACUCCUCACAACAUCGAGAUGACCCCGACCGUGGGUCCGAUCACCUGAUACCGAGGCGAGCAACGCUGCCAGUCCUUCAGCAUGACCCACCUUCAGGCAAUCUACAAGUCCUUCAGCAUGACCCACCUUCAGGCAAUCUACAAGGUCCCAAUGGAAUUUUUUCACAUGCAAUGGGUAUGCCCCCUCCUCAGUUGGGUGGUGAUCCAUCCCUCCAUCAAAUCUAUCGUCAAGUAUACUUGAAAACUUUGUAUUCUCUCCAGCAGCAGUCAGGGGGGGGCACAGCUAGGGAAGCCGCCCGGUAA